AAUAGUGGCUUGGGGAGUUGGGAUGGUUUCAGCAUGCUCUGAACCAUGCUUUGUCUGUGCCUGUUCCGUAGAUGUAGUAACCAUUUCUGCUACUAGUCCACUAACCCUUGGUAAGCCUUGAUCUGUCGUGGUCAUUUGUCCCUGCUCUAUUUCAAAUUCAGUGGCUGGAACUGACAAUAGAGUAACAUCCAAGGUAUUUUCCUUGGGCGACAUUGGGAUACGCUCAGACGUUAAAACAGAUGUCACAUGACUCAACGUACCUGCUUUAAAUGUCAUUGUUUCUGUACCUGUAAUAACUAAACUUAACUCUUCAUCUGAUGCACCUGAUUCAGGAGACUGCUGCCUUCGGGAGACAUCGGCCCAAUAAUCUACAGGUAACGCUAUGAAUACAGUGUCUGAUGACACAGAUUCAGGUGAAGACGUUCUAUCACUAAGGGCCCGGGGUUCCAUGAAGUACUGAGAUAAUAUCCUCAUAAACUCUGGCACUGGUGAGUCAGGCGAUAGUCGUCUAUUCCUGCUGACUGAUUCUAGGGAAUCAGGUGAGGAUGGCCUACUCUCUAAUGCUGACGAUGAUAUGACCAUUAGAUCAUACUCAGAGCCAGAAGACAUUGAUUCAGGUGAUGAUGACCUGUGUUCUAUUGUGGCAUACUCCAUAUUACAUGAAUCCAUACCUGACACACCUGAUAUUGUAUACUGAGGGAUGGGUGAGUCUGAAGAAAGAGACCUAUUGUCAUUGAUCUCAUGCAUUGAUUCAGGUGAAGAUGAUCUAACCUUAUCCAUUGACAUCGCUGAUUCUAGGGACAUGGUUCUGUAUUCAACAGACUCAGGGGAUAACGGUCUAUCCUUCUCAACUUGUUUCUCUAAUAACACAGAUUCAGGUGAUGAUAUUCCAACAUCUGCCUUUAACACCAAUGUUGCAGGUGAUAUGGGUCGGCAGUCAGGUAAUGACUCAGGUGAUCGAGGCUUAUCCUCUGUCUCUGAUACAGACACUAUGACCCAUCCAUCUUCAGAGUCUGAUUUGGAGUGAGGGGAAGCUGAUCUGUGACCUGUUUCAAAUGUAUACUCAGAUACUACUUCUGCAGCUGGUGAUUCAGGUACAACUAUAUCAGAUACGCUUGGAACACUAGGAGCGCCAUCAUGAUCAAUCUGGACUGUCUCAGUUGUAGUUUGUGAAGGUUCCACUUGCCAAUCUGGUAGAGCUUCUGUGCUGAGCUCAGUGCUACCUUGAGCAACUUCUCUCUCCUCUGGAGUAGUCUGUACGUACUCUAUACUCUCAGACAAAGCUACAUCAUGAUCGAUCUUGGCUGUUUCAGUGGUAGUUACUGAAGGUUCCACUUGUGGACCAGGUAGAGAUUCUGGACUGAGCUCAGUGCUACCUAGAGCAUAUUCUUCCUCACCAGGAGGAGUCUCUACAUAUGCUUCGCUACUACCAGUAUACUCCAAGAAGCCGGUUUUACUCAAGAAGGUUUCUCCUAAAUAUUGGGGGUCAUGUAUUUGAGAGAUACGCUUCCAAAGUGUUGCUGGUCCAUGUUCAUCAGCUGAUGCCACUGAUUCAGGCGUUACUGCUCUGUUGUCAGGACAGGAUUUGUCAGAAUAUACCAACACGAAUUCCAUGUCUGAUGUUAUUGAUAAUGGGGAUGAAGACCUAUAUCCUGUUUCUACUGUGGAAGACCCAAGUGCGAUCUGUGUAAAUUGUGGAAUUGGUGACUGAGGUGACAAAGACCUAUGCCCAUUCACUGAUGCUACUGAUUCAGGUGAGUCUGGUCUCUUCUCAUCAAAGACCGAUUCAGAAAUGAGUGGUGCAUAUUCUAUAUCUGAAGCCGCUGAUUCAGGGGAUGAGGACCUACAUCCAAUCAUUGAAACAAUAGACUCUCGUAAUGCCUGUCUAAACUCAGGUAUGGGUGAAUCAGGUGACAGUGCCCUGUAUUCAUCUACAGAUGCUAUUGAUUCAGGUGAUGCAGGUCUAUUCUCAAAAAGCAUUGAGUCAUGUAAGAUGAACUCUGUUUCAGAUUCCAUAUCUGAGCAUACUGAUUCAGGCGAUGCUGAUCUAUUCCCUGUCACUAGUGUAGUAGUUUCGUGCUGUGUGUACUGGGGUACUGGGGAGUCUGGUGACAGAGCUCUAAACUCAUCUACUGAUGCCGUUGAAUCAGGAGUGUCUGGUCUAUCUUCAAUCUCAGAAAUCAGAGGAGUGUAUUCUGUUUCAGAUUCUGUUUCAUAAUCUGCCAAUGAUUCAGGGGAUGAGGACCUAUAUCCAAUCAUUGAAACGAUAGACUCUCUUAAUGCCUGUCUAAACUCAGGUAUGGGUGACUCAGGUGAUAGCGCCCUGUAUUCAUCUAUAGAUGCUAUUGAAUCAGGUGAUGAGGGUCUAUCCUCAAAAAGCGUUGAGGCACAAAAGAAUAACUCAUUUUCAAAUUCCUCAUCUGACAAUACUGAUGAAGGUGAUGAGGAUCUGCUUCCUGUCAUAAAUAUGGUUGGUUCUGGGAAAUAUUGUAGGUAUUGUGGUAGAGGAGAGUCUGGAGACAGACACCUGUACUCAUCCACUGAUGCUGUAGAUUCAGGAGAAGAUGAUCUGAUGUUUGUCAGUAACACGACUGAUUCAGGUGACAUGGGUCUAUACUCUGAUAAAUACUCAGGUGAUAGGGGUCUUUCCUCUGUAUCUGAUACUACUGACUCAGGUGAGUCUGGUCUCUGCCAAAAGGCAAACACCUCAGAUGAAGGUCUGCCUUUAUCUGUGAAUAUUGUCGAAAAAAUAUCAGAAAGCUCUAAUUCGUUGUUUGACCAUACUGAUGUUAAUGAUCGUGGUCUAUCUUCAUAGAAUAACGACAUUAAGGGCAGAGUCCCACAUUCCAUAUCUGAGCACAUUGAUUCAGGUGAAGUUGACCUGUAUCCAAUAAAAUGUGGAAUAGAUUCAGGUAAUGGCGGCCAAAAAUCAGGUAUGGGUGAGUCCGGUGAAAGCGCCAUGUAUUCAUCAACUGAUGCUACUGAUUCAGGUGAUGAGGGUCUACCUCUCUCUGAAAAGAGUGUCAAGAAGAUGUCAGAAAGAUCAUAUUCAUCAUCUGACAAUACUGAUGCAGGUGAUGAUGAUCUGCUUCCUGCCAUAAACAGAGUUGGUUCUGGGAAAUAUUGUAAGUAUUGUGGUAGAGGAGAGUCUGGAGACAGACAUCUAUACUCAUCCACUGAUGCUGUAGAUUCAGGUGAGUCUGGUCUCUGCCAAAAUGCCAAAGUCUCAGAUAGUAUGUAUUCCAUUUCGGAAGUGCCUGAAAUCACUGAUUCAGGUGAUGAUGAUCUAUAUCUAUAUACAGAAGAUGUAACAAAUUCAGGUAUUGCCUGUCUGAACUCAGGUAUGGGUGAAUCAGGUGAUAGUGCCCUGUAUUCAUCUACAGAUGCUAUUGAUUCAGGUGAUGAGGGUCUAUCCUCAAAAAGUAUUGAGCCAUAUAAGAAUAACUCUGUUUCAUAUUCCAUAUUUGAGCAUAUUGAUUCAGGUGACGCUGACCUGUAUCCUGACAUAAACAGAGUUGGUUCUGGGAAAUACUGUAAAUAGUGUGGUAGAGGAGAGUCUGGAGACAGACAUCUAUACUCAUCCACUGAUGCUGUAGAUUCAGGAGAAGAUGAUCUGAUGUUUGUCAGUAGCAUGGCUGAUUCAGGUGACAUGGGUCUAUACUCUGAUAAAGACUCAGGUGAUAGGGGUCUUUCCUCUGUAUCUGAUAUUAUUGACUCAGGUGAGUCUGGUCUCUUCUCAUCAAAGACCGACUCAGAAAUGAGUGGUGUAUAUUCAAUAUCUGAAUCAACUGAUUCAGGUGAUGAUGACCUGUACCCAAUAGUUGAAAUAGCAGAUUCAGGUAACACCUGUCUAAACUCAGGUACGGGUGAAUCAGGUGACAGUGCCCUGUAUUCAUCUACAGAUGCUACUGAUUCAGGUGAUGCAGGUCUAUUCUCAAAAAGCAUUGAGGCAUAUAAGAAUAACUCUGUUUCAGAUUCCAUAUCUGAGCAUAUUGAUUCAGGCGAUGCUGAUCUAUUCCCUGUCCCUAGUGUGGUAGUUUCGUGCUGUGUGUACUGGGGUACUGGGGAGUCUGGUGACAGAGCUCUAAACUCAUCUACUGAUGCCGUUGAAUCAGGAGAGUCUGGUCUAUCUUCAAUCUCAGAAAUCAGAGGAGUGUAUUCUGUUUCAGACUCUGAUUCAUAAUCUGUCAAUGAUUCAGGGGAUGAGGACCUAUAUCCAAUCAUUGAAACGAUAGACUCUCUUAAUGCCUGUCUAAACUCAGGUAUGGGUGACUCAGGUGAUAGCGCCCUGUAUUCAUCUAUAGAUGCUAUUGAAUCAGGUGAUGAGGGUCUAUCCUCAAAGAGCGUUGAGACACAAAAUAAUAACUCAUUUUCAAAUUCCUCAUCUGACAAUACCGAUGAAGGUGACGGGGAUCUGCUUCCUGUCAUAAAUAUGGUUGGUUCUGGGAAAUAUUGUAGGUAUUGUGGUAGAGGAGAGUCUGGAGACAGACACCUGUACUCAUCCACUGAUGCUGUAGAUUCAGGAGAAGAUGAUCUGAUGUUUGUCAGUAGCAUGACUGAUUCAGGUGACAUGGGUCUAUACUCUGAUAAAGACUCAGGUGAUAGGGGUCUUUCCUCUGUAUCUGAUACUAUUGACUCAGGUGAGUCUGGUCUUGAUUCAAUAAAGAAUACCUCAGAAAUUAAAGGUGCAUAUUCAAUAUCUGAAGUCACUGAUUCAGGUGAUGAGGAUCUAUAUCCAAUAGAAUAUGUAACAGAUUCAGGUAAUUCUUGUCUAAACUGAGGAAUGGGUGAGUCAGGAGUCAAGGACCUGUAUUCAUCUACAGAUGCCAUUGAGUCAGGUGAGCCUGGUCUCUGCCAAAAGGCAAAAGCCUCAGAUAGUAUAUGUCCAAUUUCUUCUGAUUUCACUGAAUCAGGUGACGAUGGUCUGCUUCCGGCCAUAAACAUUGUUGGUUCUGGGAAAUAUUGUAAAUAUUGUGGAAUUGGUGAGUCUGGAGAUAAAGAUCUAUGCUCAUCCAUUGACUUCACUGACUCAGGAGAAUCUGAUCUUAACCCACUCUCGGUUGAUAACAUUUUACUUAAUUGUUCUGAUUUCUGUACAUUCUCUAUUGUACUCCCACAAUACUCAAACAUACCUGUUUUACUAGCAAAGGUUUCUCCUACGUAUUGGGGGUCAUGUAUUGGAGAGAUCAGCUUCCAACGGUCUGCAUCGUACACAAGUUUGUAAAUGGGCACUCGUAUGACUGAUUCUGAUGGUGAAUGGGCAUAUUCAAUAUCUGAAGUCACUGACUCAGGUGACGACGAUCUACAUUCAACAAAAUAUUCAAGUAUAUUCUGUCUAAACUCAGGUAUGGGUGAGUCAGGUGACAGUGCCCUGUAUUCAUCUACAGAUGCUACUGAAUCAGGUGAUGCGGGUCUAUUCUCAAAAAGCAUUGAAGUAAAUGAGAAUAACUCAGUUUCAUGUUCCAAAUCUGACAAUACUGAUACAGGUGACGAUGAUCUCCUUCCUGUUAAAAAUAUGGUUGGUUCUGGAAAAUAUUGUAGGUAUUGUGGUAGAGGAGAGUCUGGAGACAGACACCUGUACUCAUCCACUGAUGCUGUAGAUUCAGGAGAAGAUGAUCUGAUGUUUGUCAGUAGCAUGGCUGAUUCAGGUGACAUGGGUCUAUACUCUGAUAAAGACUCAGGUGAUAGGGGUCUUUCCUCUGUAUCUGAUAUUAUUGACUCAGGUGAGUCUGGUCUCUUCUCAUCAAAGACUGACUCAGAAAUGAGUGGUGUAUAUUCAAUUUCUGAAUCAACUGAUUCAGGUGACGAUGAUCUGUAUCCAAUGGUUGAAAAAGCAGAUUUAGGUAAAAUCUGUCUAAACUCAGGUAUGGGUGAAUCAGGUGACAGUGCCCUGUUUUCAUCUACAGAUGCUACUGAUUCAGGUGAUGCGGGUCUAUCCUCAAAAAGCAUUGAGGCAUAUAAGAAUAACUCUGUUUCAGAUUCCAUAUCUGAGCAUAUUGAUUCAGGCGAUGCUGAUCUAUUCCCGGUCACUAGUGUAGUAGUUUCGUGCUGUGUGUACUGGGGUACUGGGGAGUCUGGUGACAGAGCUCUAAACUCAUCUACUGAUGCCGUUGAAUCAGGAGAGUCUGGUCUAUCUUCAAUCUCAGAAAUCAGAGGAGUGUAUUCUGAUUCAGACUCUGUUUCAUAA